AUGCCCCCUCCAGUCGGCAGAUAUGGGCCUGCGGGUCUAAGCGGUCCCUAUUCGCACUUACAAGCUCAUCUCCAGCAACAGCAGCAGCAACCCCAGCAUCAUCCAGCUCACGCUCCGUCUAGCAACACAGCUCUCCCACCUCCCUCCCUCGGUGGCCAUCCCGGUUUCGCAACGGGGAAUCCGAACACGAAUAUCAAUCCGUUCACGUUAUCCGGCGCCGGCAUUGCCAACGGAAUGUCCGUCGCAGGGUUUGGAGGUACCGAUGGCGGUGGUACGGGACUGGCGAGUCAUGCCGCCCAGAUGGGCUUCGCGAGAGGCGCACAGAUGCAACAACAGCAAUUACACCAGGUGCAUGAUGGUCGGUUGACGCUUGAUGGCAAGGCAAGUGGCGUGAAGACCCGGAUCCGCGACGUAUGGAAGCACAACCUGGCCCAGGAGAUGGCCGUGUUACGACAACUGGUCGAAAAGUAUCCCUAUAUCAGCAUGGACACCGAGUUCCCCGGUAUCGUCGCCCGUCCGAUCGGAUCGUUCACAAACAAAGCAGAUUAUCACUACCAGACUCUACGGUGUAAUGUCGACUUGCUAAAGAUGAUUCAGCUUGGAAUCACGCUCUUCUCGCCCGAGGGUGAGGUCCCACCGCCCAACGCUACCGAUGCCAGCGGGAACCCCCUUGGGAACAGCCUAGUACCUGCCCCUUGCACCUGGCAAUUCAACUUCCGAUUUUCGCUCGAGGAUGAUAUGUACGCACAGGAGUCAACGGCCAUGCUGGCUAAGGCAGGAAUUGACUUUGCAACGCAUGAGAAGAACGGUAUUGAUCCGUUCGAGUUUGGUGCCCUCUUGAUUAGCUCCGGACUGGUGUUGCUGGACGAUGUCCACUGGGUCUCUUUCCAUUCCGGCUACGACUUUGGUUACCUGAUGAAAAUCAUGCUCUGCAAGCCUCUCCCGGAGAAUGAAGAGGAAUUCCACGGUCUUCUCAAUAUCUUCUUCCCCUCGUUGUACGACAUCAAGUAUCUCAUGAAACACGCCGGACGUAAUCAGGCCGUCAAUGACACCCCGCUAACCCCCGCUGCUGCUCAGAUUCUCACCAACCUUGGACAAAAAUCCGGGCUUCAGGAUAUUGCAGAUGAACUUGGAGUAAAACGGGUCGGUAUCGCCCACCAGGCAGGUUCUGACUCUCUCGUAACAGGAGAAAUUUACUGGAAAAUGCGUCAACUUGUCUUCAGUGGCACGAUCGACGAGGCUAAAUACUCGGGCCAGAUCUGGGGAUUGAACGGUCAAAUGCCAGCUUUGACAUACCACAUGCAACCCCAUCAGACUCCAAAUCUCAAUGGAGCAACAAUAUACUCGGCUGCUGGUACGCCAAGCACCCCAAAUGCUGGCGCUCAAACACCUCAACAUCAAGCGGUUGGUGCGCUGACUCCUGGAGCUACAGGUGGAGUCCUCGGACAAUUCCAGAUGGUGAAGUCAUAA